CGCCUGUGAGUGUGGUAUUGUUGUGUCGUCGACCGUAAAAGCGCUAGUACGACCAUGCCAGCGGGUCUGACCUACGUGGUGACGGGGGGAUGCGGGUUUGUCGGGUCCCAUAUUGUCGACUUGCUGGUGCAGAGGGGGAGAAACAUCUCCGAGAUUCGCGUGGUCGACACGCAACCUCGCACCUACGGCAAGUCUCCGGAAAAGACAGGGGUCAAGGUCAAACUGAUCCGCGGUGACGUCACGAACAUGGCGCAGAUGACAGAGGUGUGCGCAGGCGCAGACGUAGUCAUCCACACAGCGGCACUGAUUGACGUUUACGGAUUUGUCAGUGACGUGACCUUGUGGGACGUCAAUGUUAAAGGUACAGAGACCCUGCUGCAGUGCUGUGUGAAUGAAGACGUGACCUGCUUUGUCUACACCAGCAGCCGGGAGGCCGUGGGGCCCAAACAGCGGGGCGACCCAGUGGAGGAUGGGGACGAGAGCACGCCGUACGACAGCUCGUCCCCAGUGCUGUUCUACAGCCGGACCAAGGCGGCUGCGGAAUCGGCGGUUCUGAGGUGGAACGGGCGGCGGACAAACGGCGGCAAAACUCUGCACACCUGUGCCUUGAGGCCGUCAGGCAUAUAUGGUGAUGGCGAGAUGGCGACGUUUAAGAUAUGGCGGGAGAUCGGUUUGAACCCGUUCGCAGGGCCUCACCGACUCAUCAGUCACCCCAAGGUCAAGUGCAGCUGCGCGUACGUCGGGAACGUCGCCUGGGCACACCUGCUGGCCGCCCAGACGCUACUGACGUCACCUAGCAACGCUGGCGGGGAGGCGUUCUUCAUCGCCGACGACACGCCCGUAGGGAACGAGAUGGCGACGUACAGCAACAUUUUUGCCCCUGUCGGAAUCCGUUGGGACGACAGCCUUGUCCUCCCCCUCUGGGUCCUGUACUUUAUCGCUUAUAUUCUCGCUUUCCUGCGAUUCCUCUUGAAGCCGUUUUACAACUUCGUCCCCCGCCUGACUCCGGCUGUGCUGACGCUAGUGAACACCACUUUCUGCGUUAACUAUAAGAAAGCCGCGCGUCUUCUCGGCUACAAGCCGCUCUUUACAUGGGAGGAGUCUAAACGGAAAACGCGGGAAGCGCUGAUGGAAUGGAAAGCUAGGGAGUUCUCGUCAGGUCAUACCAAGUAAUUUUA